ACUUUGCCUUGUGUUUUCCACCCGGAAAGAAUGUUGUGGCUGCUCUUUUUUCUGGUGACUGCUAUUCAUGCUGAACUCUGUCAACCAGGUGCAGAAAAUGCUUUUAAAGUGAGACUUAGUAUCAGAACAGCUCUGGGAGAUAAAGCAUAUGCCUGGGAUACCAAUGAAGAAUAUCUCUUCAAAGCGAUGGUAGCUUUCUCCAUGAGAAAAGUUCCCAACAGAGAAGCAACAGAAAUUUCCCAUGUCCUACUUUGCAAUGUAACCCAGAGGGUAUCAUUCUGGUUUGUGGUUACAGACCCUUCAAAAAAUCACACCCUUCCUGCUGUUGAGGUGCAGUCAGCCAUAAGAAUGAACAAGAACCGGAUCAACAAUGCCUUCUUUCUAAAUGACCAAACUCUGGAAUUUUUAAAAAUCCCUUCCACACUUGCACCACCCAUGGACCCAUCUGUGCCCAUCUGGAUUAUUAUAUUUGGUGUGAUAUUUUGCAUCGUCAUAGUUGCAAUUGUACUACUGAUUUUAUCAGGGAUCUGGCAACGUAGAAGAAAGAACAAAGAACCAUCUGAAGUGGAUGACGCUGAAGAUAAGUGUGAAAACAUGAUCACAAUUGAAAAUGGCAUCCCCUGUGAUCCCCUGGACAUGAAGGGAGGGCAUAUUAAUGAUGCCUUCAUGACAGAGGAUGAGAGGCUCACCCCUCUCUGAAGGGCUGUUGUUCUGCUUCCUCAAGAAAUUAAACAUUUGUUUCUGUA